AGAGGGAAACCAAAAUGCAGCGAACAACAUCUCUUCUCUCUUCCUGUUCCUCCUCUUCUUCUUCUUCAUCACCAUUUUCACUUCCUCUUCCCAUCAGAGAUGGAUUACAUAUUAAUUUUAAUAGACAUAACUUAUCUUCACUUCCUUAUCAACACCACCAUUACACAACUACAACACCCUUAAACUCUUCCUUCUUUUUUCGACGCACUCUUCCUCCUGUCCUACGUAGCACCGCUGUGACUGAAGAAAUUAUUGAAGCAAGUAAAGAUGAACUGAAAUUUAUUGAAAUUGGGUAUGUAUGUAAUGUUCAUGGACUUCAAGGAGAACUUCGUGUAAAACCUAAUACUGAUUUCCCUGAAUUACGAUUUUCAGAGGGGAAAAGAUGGUUAAAAGAACGAAUCUCGGGGAAAGAAGUAAUUAGGGAGGUUGAGAUUGUUGAGGGGAGAGAGCAUGCUGGACAGAAGAGUUGGAUCCUUAGUUUUCAAGGGAUUGACACUAUUGACCAAGCAAAGCAACUUGUUGGGUCGGUACUACUUGUAAGAGAAGAAGACCGACCAGUUUUGGAGGAAGGCGAGUUUUACAAUCCAGAUCUUAUCGGCAUGAGGGUUCUGCUUAAGGAUACAGGCGAACUGGUGGGAACCGUCGUUAAUGUCUUUAGCAGUGGUGGAAAUGAUCUCUUGCAAGUUAUGCUUAGUUCAACUGAAGAAACACAUAAUGGUUCUGGUUUGGUAGAGGCAGGGAGUGAUGUUUCUGGUCCCCUUGUUUGGAUCCCAUUUGUGGAAGCCAUUGUUCCAGAUGUGGAUACUGAUAGAAAAGAAAUGCAGAUUACUCCUCCGAAGGGGCUUCUUCAAUUGAACCUGCGUUCUGAUGUGAGGUCGAAAAAAGAAAGACGACAACUGGAGUGGAAAGAAAGAAAGAAGGCAACACAACGGCUCAUAGCCGCUAAAAAGAAACUUUCUGAACUGGAACAAAGACAUGUCUUCGAUGGCUUAAGGUUUGGAGACAAAGUUCAAAAGAGCUUGAUUGCAAAUCAAAUUGUUGGCAUAAACUACAAAUUGUUUCAACAGGCGAUGCAGAAUACUGUGACGCCCUCUAUCAGUUUAUUGGAAUUCAUCAAUGCAAACAAAACCAAAUUACAAGAGAAUUCUUCAAAAGCAUCAGCAGAGUUUAAUAGUGCCCAGGGAACUGAAAGGACACUAAAUCCAACUCAAGAUCUGCUACAAAAGGGCCUGAAGUUCGUAUCUGAAGGGAAAGUUGCAAUUGUUAUAGUAGCAAACGAAAUAAUCAAUAAGGAUCUUUAAUUCUGUUCUGGCAGUGUCCUUUCUGUUCUGUUCGUAACGGGAGACUCAAAAACUGUACAGUGUCCACUACGUAUAAUAGAUAGAGAAUUAGUUGCUGGGUGAUUCAUUCUGUUCUGGCAGUCUAUUUCUUCCAGAAACUAGACAAAUUUGAGCUAAACAGGAGGAUGCACCCCGCUCACGCUCAACUGAAAAUCUGAACCUCCAUGCCCGUUUACAUGUGGGCCUCAAGGGUACAACGAAAUGGUGCUCCGCGAGGAAGGAACAUCAUGGCGUCAGUUAACUUCAAAGGCUCUUCAUGCAGCUGCAGCUUCUUGGGAGCCUAAAGACACUGGAAAUAAACUUGUCCGAGACUUCAAGGCGUCGACUCUAUCUGGUGUCCUGAGCUGCUCAUACUACAAAAUUGGUCUCCAAGGAUUUAGGUUGACCUAUUGAGAAGAGAUGCAGCAAAAUCUGCGGGUCUAAGAUAAAUUUAUGUGUCGCCUCGCUCGGAAUCCUGCAACCAAAGGGUGUGGACAAACCCUCAUGAAAAAUCUUCUAAACCAUGGAUGUGAGUAAUAUUGAUACUCCAUAUAUUAAUAAUAUAAACUCUAUAUGUAUAAAAAAUUUGGCCCCAACUUGUAAAAAUAUACAGAGAAUAAC